CGUCAGCAGCAAGGGAUACCACAGCAGCAGGCCCCGGCCUGGUCUAUGCUGUUGCGUUCACAUACAGCAGUCAUGGACCAGAGGCCCAGAGAAACAGACGAGGCCUAUCAGGCCCGCAUGUUGGCUUUGAGUACUGAAACAAAGAAACGGGCAGAUGACACUGCCGCAGCAGCGAAGAAGAGGGCAGAGGAUGCCGAGCAGGCACGUCUGCUGGCGGUUGAACAACAGCGCCAGCAUGACGAGGCAGCAGCAAGGACUGCCGAUGAAGAAAGAGCACAGCGUCGUGAGAAGAUUUUCCCUGGAGAGCGGGCGUUACUUACCAUGGGAGCAGAAUGGCAGACCGAGGCCGAGAAUAGCCAGUUGCAGGAUAGCGCAAACAAGAUAGCGCUCCUCCUCUCGCAUCUCACGGAUCUCCUGGCAACCUGCAUUACACAGCAGGCGGAGAUCCUUGGUCUCGACAACUCGGUAGCUCAUCUCCAAGACCGCCUUCAGCGAUUGGAGCAGCGACCAGUCGCCGCCGCCGACGCAGGCUCUUCCAAUACUGCCGACCGCCUCAAUGCAUUGGAGAUGCACGUCGGCUCACUCCAGGACGGCACACAGUUACAGCUCACCGCGACACAACAGUUGCAGCAGCGGGUAUGUACCACCGCCACUACCUCGAGUACGGAACCGCGCGAGACAACUCCAAAGUUUGACGGGCAGGAGAUCUUCUGCGACGCCAUGAAGACAGAUCCGAUUCCAUGGUUCCGCAAGUUCGAGCUCACGCUGCAGCUGUCCAACGUCAAGGAACACAAGCAUCACGCCUACUUGUACUCUCGCUCAGGGGGCGCGUGCCAGGCUUGGUUGGACAACCUCCUGUCCAAGUACGGAGUAGUAGCGGCCGACUUGCACACCAAGAUAAGUUGGGAUGAUCUGAAGGCGGCGUGGCACAAGCGGUUCCAGGUGGAGCCGCCAGAGAUCAAAGCCAUGGACAAACUCAUGGUCUUCGAGCAAGGCACGCUGCCGAGUACAGACUCGAUCGCCGAGUACCAACGCUUGACGUCAGUCGCAGACAUCCAGAUGAGCUUCAAGGCCAUCCGCCAUUACUUCAUCUCAAGGUCAUGUCCGGCAUUAAGCAAUGCCCUGGCUCAUGUCGAGGACACCUUGACGACGACGGCGGAAUUGUUCGACAAGGCUGCGCAGAUCAUUAUCACGAACAAGGAGGCCAAGAACCUCCGUUCAUCUGAGUCAGGCCCGAGCAGGGACCAGCAUCGGCCAACAGUGGCCGUGGUCGCAGCGGCAGCGCCGUUAGACCAAACCAGCGAGGUUGUGUCUGCCAACGCAAGUUUGCCCAUUGAAAGGCAAGGGCAGACAGGGAAACUGAGCACCGCUGAGAGUGACGCGACGACACUCUCGACGCCUUCGGAACUAGUUUCUUCGCGAGUAACCAGCCUUCAUUCUGAGGCGCACGCGGAAGUCGACAGUCCUUCGCUUCUACUUUCUUUUGAGGACUAUGCUGCCCGGCUCAUUCCAACGCUGGGUACUCAAGCUCAAGGACAAGGAGUGUGUGAGGUUUCUUCUCCAUCCGGCAACAGCGACAUAUCAUCUUCAAGUGGUUCGUCACGGGAUUCGGCGCGCGAGUUCAAUAUAGAGGCAUUGGACCCGCUCACGUCUGAGGACUUUGCAUGGCUUCCUCUCCCGACCACAGGUUGCUUGUCGGGACCGCAAUGCGCAGCACUUAGCGCUCAUCUCCACACUUACCUUUCCUUCUAUGCACCACCAACUUCGCCGACGGAUGACGAAGUCGCGGUGGUGGACAUCCUGGCAUAUACUACCAAGGUGGCCCGCGAGUUUUGCACGCAGCGGUACAAUAACAACAGCGCACCGCUCAUGUAUGUCCGCAUUCAGGUUGGGCAAGCGUCCUGCAGCGCUUUGCUGGAUAGCGGCGCGUCGCGCAACUUCAUGAGCCAGUCUUUAAUGCAAAGGGCUGGCCUUGGCACACAAGUCCAGAGGAAGGCAAACCCGACGGCGAUCAAGUUGGCGGAUGGAAAGACGCAACAACUUCUCGACCGUUACAUCGAGGCCGUACCGGUCUACUUCGCACCUCAUGCAUGCGAACCGGUGACAUUCGAUAUUCUCGACACGGACUUCGACAUCAUUCUGGGAAUGCCUUGGCUUGCAAGUGCGGAUCACACGGUCAACUUCCAUCGGCGGACUCUUAGCGUUCGCAACGCCUUCGGCGCGGAAGUGGCGUGUACUAUUCCUCUACCGCACUCUUCGAUCCGGUGUCAAGUGGUGACGGCCAAAUCAUUCCGGGCAACUUGCGCUUACGGGCAGCCCGAGGAGAUCGGCCUAUGUUUCCUACGGACCGUCGCGGUAGCCGACUCUUCACCCACGGACUUGUCUUCGGACCCCCAUGUGGUACAGUUGCUGGACGAGUUCGCCAACAUCUUCGAGUCACCUACCGGUGUGGUGCCGGGUCGGCCGAUCUCUCACGAGAUCAUUCUUGAGGCCGGUGUCGUGCCGCCGAAAGGUUGCAUCUAUCGGAUGAGCGAGGAGGAGCUUGAGGUCCUCCGUGGACAACUCGAUGAUUUGUUGGCCAAGGGUUGGAUCCGCCCGAGUAGCUCCCCAUAUGGAGCACCAGUUCUCUUCGUCAGGAAGAAGAACAAGGAUCUACGAUUAUCGGAUCAUGAUGACUUUCCCGGGAGACGUACGGAAGACCCACCUUCUAUGGAUGGUUUUCAGGAGGUCGGCGACAUCAUCUCCCAGCGACGUUUUGGCAACAAGCCACCUGAGUAUUUAGUGCAUUUUGCAUACUGCACACACCGAGCUGACCGUUGGUUAACCCGUGCGGAACUUCAAGCAACAACUCCAGACGUUCUCGCAUGCUACGAACGCAAGAUGCAAGGCAAGCCGGUUUCUUCGACUCCCCGCCGCACCCGCGUCCAGGUUCCACCUUCAGAUCGACGGCUUCGCCCUCGCCCCAGCUUGACUUCAUAAGGAGGGGGGGGUGUUACAUGCUGCGCAUGCACACGCAGGCCAUUUUGCAGGCCUGCGUCCGUUCAGGCUAAAAGCC